AAGAAAUUUAAAAAACAAUAAACAAUAAAAAAAAAUAAUGAUUAUUCACUAUUGAAAAUAGCCACCCGUUAUUUCAACUUCAACCGUUUUUUAAUCGACCCAAAAUCCACACAUGGAAGUAGAAGUAAAGCUCCGCCUCCCAUCCUCCGCCGCCCACGAGCGCCUCUCCGCCAUCCUCGCCCCUUACCACCGCCGCACCCACUUCCAAGAGAAUCUCUUCUUCGACGGCCCCAACGCCGAGCUCGCCUCCAGCCUCGCCGCCCUCCGCCUCCGCUUCUACGACCUAGAAUCCCGCUGCGUCCUUUCCCUCAAAUCAAAGCCCCAAAUCUCCGACGGAAUCAGCCGAAUCGAAGAGCAGGAGGAGCCAAUCGACCCCUCCGUCGCCCGCCAGUGCGCCGCCGAUCCCUGGCGCCUCCUCCUCCUCGCGGAAUCCUCCGGCAUCAUCAGAAGGGUGAAGGAGGAAUUCAAUUUGGGCGACAAGGGUUUGAUUUGCUUGGGUGGGUUUCGAAACGUGAGAGGGGUUUACGAGUGGAACAGGCUGAAAUUGGAGCUGGACGAGACGCAUUACAGCUUCGGCACGUGUUACGAGAUCGAAUGCGAGAAUUCGGAGCCGGAAAAGGCGAAGAUUUUGAUCGAGGGGCUUCUUCAGAGCAGUGGGAUUGAGUAUCGGUACUCGGAGGUUUCUAAAUUCGCCAUUUUUAGGGCUGGGAAGUUGCCUGAGUGAGUGUAACUAUUUGAUUAUGUUUAUCCCUUGUGUUCAUGGAUAAUUUUUUUUUUAAAUGCAAUCUGCUAUCAGUUUCAUGAAGAAGAUUGAAUUUUUUUUU